AUGGUGCCUGCAACAGUAGGCCUCUCCGACCGACCAGCAUACAUCGAAGCACACAGCUCUGAGGCAUCAGAUCUCACGGAAGGUUUCGAUUAUAUGGUCAAAAAUGAUAUGAUGUCUGACAAAAAACUUCAAGUACUAAGGAGCAACCGUUCUCCGAGACCGUCGCAACUCCCGGCAAAUAACCCGUACCUUGGGCCAGCUACCCAGCUCAAAUAUGGUAUAGCAAGCUCAGUGUACCCGUCGAAUCCAACCGGCUUUAUGAGCCCAAAUCCUCAAGCUCAAUUCCAGUCACCUCAGCCGCUCUAUGGAUCCCGUCAGCUCCCAGGGACACUGAAUCCUUCUCCUUAUUCCGCCACUGGACCGCAAGUCUACACCACGGAUCCGAUUAAAUGCAUGACGAAUGUCAAUCUUUGUAAGAUAUUUGGCACUGUGAUCUGA